AUGAGCCACGGAGAGAGCUCCAGGCGCCCUAGCCUGAGGUCAGAGACCACAGAUGCCCCGAAAAGCAGGCGAUCCCGAGGUCAGACCUUGCCCGAGAUCUUAGGGCCGCCCAAGCACGACCACGGCCGAGUGCUCUCCAGACGCAUCAUCCGGACAGAUUCAGAAUACGAAGACUCCCGGACCAGACGACGACCUCCGCUAAGGCCCCCGGCGGAGAUGGAUAGAGAGCGGCGCGUUUCUUCAGACGAAGAAAGUGACUCUUGGGAGUCUUAUUCUUCUUCCGAUGACCACUUUGACUUGAUAUGCAACCCGCGCCACACCAAGGAUGUUUCAGUUCGACUCGAGUACGACGUCUUUCAAGACCUGGACGAUGAGUUAGAAGAGAUCAACCGGUUUGUCCGUCGAGGCGAGUUUGGAGCUGCCAAAGCUUUCUUCAACGAGAAUCUCCUGGCUCACAUCACCUCCCCUUGGGUCUUUGUCCAAUACGCUGAGAUGCUCUUCGAGAUGGGUGACUACAAGUCUCUUCUUUUACUUGACCCUGAACCUGUAUUCCGCAUCAUGUUAUCCGGAAUAGGGGACGAACAUCUUGAACCGAUUAGAAGACUUGAGAUCAAUUGGAGACUACUCAAGGCAUCUUGUCUAUCUCGCAGUCAGCAUGAGCUCGGGCCUGUCCUGGAUGAGAUUUGCCGGCCCCGCGAGAUCGUACCAGUGCGAGAAGACGUGGGAUCAACAGAGAUUCGCAUCAUUUGUCUGGCUAUGACCCUGAUGCACCUUUCGAAUAGACGAAGUGUUCUCGUAAUAGAACUCUCGAGAAAUUUGGCAAACUGGGGAAACUGGAAGCAUGUAUACGAACUGCUCCAGGCCCAAGGCCGCAUAUGGGACUUCCGAGAUCUUUUCACCACAUCCUGUAUGUACUUCGGUAUCGAGAGCGCCGAAGAGCAACUCCUUGGGUCGAGGUCCAUCCUUCAAGCGAUCGCUGAAGACUGGGUGCUGGUAAUGGACGAUGACGAGUCCACUCUGCUGGCCAUUAUUGAUCUCCUAACGACCAUUGCGCUCCAUGCCUUCAGCCAUGCCGAAGGCCAGCUGCUCUCUAAGAGAUACCUCGUCUACGCCAGCACCCUCGUUGAAACUGUCAUGACGAAACAUCCCCGCUACACCAAGACUCGGCCUUUCCUCCAGUUCAUCGUCGCUCAAUCAUCUAUAUCACUACAAACGGGUAAUGGAAGCCAAUUGCCGUACAGCUAUCUUGACGACUUUCCCGGCUUAGUAAGUUGCGCAUCGGUCCUUGAACUGCCAUUUUACGUACCAGUUCACCAGGAAAAUCCUGGAUGGAAUCCUCCGGAUCUUCCAGAAAGCUCCAUCGGGCCUCUUCAAAUGACAUUGGAAGCUUCCAGGGGGUUGGAUGACUAUCGAACUCAGGCGCUGUGCCUCAAGGCACUCGCCGUGAGGAGUCGUGAGCCAUCCAGAUUUUUUGAAGAGUUGGUCCGCCUUCAAAAGGCGAUACAGCAAGACAUGGAUGGCUAUUUAACAACUUGUCUCUCCAAGUAUCUGAUUUCAAAUGACAGGGACUCAAAGGAAAUUCUUCUGGAAGAAUUGAACCGUUUUGGGUGGUGGCAGGAGACAUCAAAUUUGCUCAGACCGGAGAAAAGCUGCGCGCGAGACAUCAUCCAGCAGGCUCUGUCCGCUCCACAUCAAACCCAUGUCUCAAAGAGUGUUGAGGCAGGUUUUCGGCACUACGGCUCGCUUUCAGACUCUUUCAAACGGUUCAUUGAACAUAUGAGAAUGCAACAGAUACCACUGCCCAGGCCCUCGACAGCUUUUCGACUACCACCAACACCUGUAUUCAUACCACCCCGACGGCCGGUCUCUGAACGACAGUCCGCUCCUGGUUACCACUCUGAUGACAGUCAAGACGACUCUGGGGAAGAUCAUGAUACAGCUCGAAUGAGACGCUCCCGAGAGCGAAUGCGGGCAAUUCCAGAGGAAAAGGAACAACAGCAAGUUGAUCAUUUCACAGGCGCUACGGAGGAUCGCAUAAUAUCAGGUGAAACGAGAUCUCCGCCGUUGCGGAUCGAAUCUAGGGCGCCGCCUACUACUUCAAUCACCUCCAGGCCCACCAUAGAGGAUGAAGCUAGAGAUGAGCGAAACCACCUAGACUAG